ACCUAGCGGUAAAGAGCGAUGACGGUCUGACAAGCUAUCGCCGCUUAUCUGGUAGCUUCGUUUUUCGAAUAAUAGUCGUGCACAACCCGCAAGCUCGUUAUGUGAAUGGAAAAUGCUUACAGGACACUUAAUGAAGUUAGCUAUUGAAUCUACCUCACAAGGUGAACUGAGUAUCAGCUUCGGUAGUUUUAUCGACUCUAUAAACUUUGUAGUCCACGUUGAUGGACAAAGAUGGAUCACCCCUGAGGUGUGCCUUAAUCUAUUGCCCCUCAAGGUUUUGUUAUCCUGCACGGAUGGAAAUCUAAUUAUAUCACUGGUAGACCGGUUGAUAAGACUCCAAGUAGGCCAGUUGAUACGACUCCAAGGAGAACUUUUGCCAUUUUAUUCGGGACACCACGUUCACUGAAUCUCUCUUUCAUUCUUUGGACACUUACCGGAGAGUACCAUCCACCUUUGCUCUUUUCUGCCCGACCUAAGUUUGCCGCCAGAAUUUACCUGCUCUAGGUAUCUACCUCUUGAC